AUGGCUUCAUCAGCAACUCUCAAGGUCGCAGGCGACAAGAUUGUCGACGGACAAGGCAAUGAGCUCCUUCUACGCGGUGCAGGUCUAGGAGGGUGGAUGAAUCAGGAAAACUUUAUCACAGGCUAUCCCGGGCGCGAAUUUCAAAUUCGUGACGCCCUAGACGAGGUUCUCGGUCCAGAAAAGGCAAAAUUCUACUGGGACAAGGCAAAAAAAGAUGCAGUCUUCUUCCGUUCCUUGGGACUCAAUUGCAUUCGAAUUGCCAUCAACUAUCGGCAUUUUGAAGACGAUAUGAACCCUCGCGUCCUGAAACCAGAAGGGUUCAAAUGGCUCGACCGUGUCAUCAACAUUUGUGCUCAAGAACAGAUAUACACAAUUAUCGACUUGCACGCAGCAGCAGGAGGUCAGAAUACGGAUUGGCAUUCCGACAACCCGACCCAUGUCGCCAGCUUUUGGACUCACAAAGAUUUUCAAGAUCGAGCUAUAUGGCUAUGGGAGGAACUUGCACGGCACUACAAAGGCAAUCCAUGGAUCGCAGGGUAUAACAUCCUGAACGAACCAACGGACCCAACACACCAACGGCUUCAGUUGUGGUACGACCGGUGCAUUGCCGCUAUUCAUGCCGUCGAUCCCGACCAUAUCAUCUUCCUGGAUGGAAACACCUUUGCGUCCGACUUCAGCCAUUUCGAAGGUGAACUCGGUAAACGAUGGCCAAAUUGUGUCUACGCUGUUCAUGACUACAGUCUAUACGGAUUCCCAAAGAGUCCAGAGGUGUAUACGGGAGAUCCAGAGCAAAAACGUCGAGUUCGACGGAGCUAUGAGAAAAAAGUGGCCUGGAUGAAAGAGCGUGGACUUCCAAUUUGGAACGGAGAAUGGGGUCCGGUAUACGCUCGGAAGCAAUACGAUGGGCCUGACUGGGAGAAGAUUAACGAGAGUCGUUACUUGCUUCUCAAGGAUCAACUAGAGGUAUAUGACGAGGAAAGGAUUAGCUGGAGCAUUUGGCUUUACAAGGACAUUGGCUUCCAAGGCAUGGUUCACGUCUCCCUGGACACACCAUAUAUGAAGCUCUUCAAGGAUUUCCAUCAAAAGAAGUAUACUCUCGCCGUGGAUUCUUGGGGAGCUUCGUUUGCAGGCAUCAAGCACAUCUACUCCAAGCUCGAGGAGUUUAUCGCCGAGGCCGUCCCAGACGAGACGCAUCGCCGGCUCUAUCCAUAUCCCAUUUGGCAAUUUCCGGAUCGAGUGGCCAAGAUUAGCAGGAACAUUCUCCUUGCCGAGUACAUGGUCAAGGAGUGGGCGGAGCACUUUAGGGGGCUGGAUGAGGAGCAACUCGAGGAGCUCGCAGCAAGCUUCAAGUUUGAAAACUGUGCGAAACGAGAUGGGCUGAAUACGGUGCUGGAGGAGCAUCACAAGCGACUUGAUCGGCUCAACGCGCCGCAUAGCUUUAUUUCGCUUCCGAGAAUGCCCGUGACAAAGUCGAAAGCACCCUCAGCAUCCACUCGCCUGCCACCGCCCAUGCAGACCGAACCUGCCGCUGUAGGCAAGAAAAAGAAGAAGAAAAAGGGAAAGGGAAAGGCCAACGAGGCUUCAGAGUCGACCAAUGGACCGUAUUACACCAGCAGAUAUGGCGUAGAAGACGACGAAGACGACGUUGGAGCGGUCGACGGUUAUGAAAACGAUCAUGCGAGGAUAGGCCCGGAUUCGGAGCUGGACUCGACACAACAUCCUAUUCAACCUACUGCUCCUCUCUCUGCGACCGCUCAGACUGGCCUAAGGAUGUCAACGACCGCCACUGCACAAGCCGAGCUGCUUGCUGCCGCAAAUGAGCUCUACAAACGGAUGGAGACUGAACAGCUCGCGAAUGACAGCAACGAUGGAGAGUACUGGAAGCAGCUACCGAGCCAUAUACGGUCUUUUGUUGAAACGACGUAUGCUCAAGGCGCCUCUCUGAGCCCAAACGAACGCUCAAAGUCUCAAGCUAUGCUCGCACUUGCGCAAACGAUGGUCGACGAGGCCACUAGCAGGUUUCCAAGUGCCGCUGGUGGAUUUCCGCCGCCGUUUGAUCCGUCAAUUCUUUCAGAUCCAAAGUUUGCAGAACGACUUGCGAUGAAGCAUGGAGCUAUGAACAUUAUGCAGCAUUACGAUGAUGCGUAUGAUGACAUUAGCGACGACGACGAUGAUGAUCUGGAAGACGAGCAGCCGUAUGAGGUCGAUGAUUCGUCAAAACGAAGGAAGAGCAAGAAGAAGAAGAAAGGUGCCGCGGCUACAGGAACCGUCGACGGUGUCCAGACAAGUCCUCUACCACCCGUUAUACCCUCUGCCCCAAAUCCCGCGCCUGCUAUUACACGAGCUGCUCCGAGUGUCGCACAGCCGCGGCCGAGCUCACGAGCCGCUGGCAAGCAACCAGUCUAUAGUCAGCCAUCUGCCCCACCAACACGGACCAAUCGAUCAUCUGCGACUAAGUCGCCAGCGCCACCGAAUCCAUACAACCAUGGCUAUCCGAAGACGGCGUCAACGAAUGGCAACUCGUCGCUUACAAAGCGACCGACAGGUGGUGGUGAUGGCGGGACAAAGAGCAAGCUAUGGAGUAAUAGUACAGAAGAGGAGCGAGAACGGAUCAAAGAGUUUUGGCUCGGCUUGAGUGAGGCAGAACGACGGGAUCUUGUAAAACUGGAAAAGGAGGCCGUUUUGAAGAAGAUGAAGGAGCAGCAGAAGCACAGCUGUAGUUGUGCUGUCUGUGGUCGAAAGCGACAUGCAAUCGAAGAGGAGCUAGAGGUAUUGUACGAUGCAUAUUACGAAGAGCUAGAACAAUAUGCGAAUCAUCAGCAACGAUACCAGUCGUCAGGCGGCAAGAUUCCACCCCCACCGGGUCCGGGCCCAUUCCCUGGGAGCAUAGCAAUCGACAAGAAUGGUACCCUCAUUGGUGGUCCACCAGGCGCGACAAAACAUCCGUCGCGAGGAGGGCGUCCCAUGUUGGCCAAUGCGCGUGGGCGAAAAACGGCACCGGACAGUGAAGACUAUGAUGAUGACGAGUACGAUGAUGAAGAUGAGUAUGAAGACGAGGAAGACGAGGAAGAAGACGAAGACGAGGAAGACGAAGACGACGAUCCCAAUACCAGGAAGCUGGCGAGUCGGGGUCGUGUGACUUCGUCUCGGGGGCCUGUGUCCAGACGAGCCAAAGGAAGGGAUGACUUCUUCAAUUUUAGCAGGCCAGGCAAUAUACUGACAGUCGCCGAUGAUCUUCUCAAAAACGAUGGUGGCAAAUUCCUGGAAAUGAUGGAACAACUUGCAGAACGGCGGAUGCAACGGGACGAAGAAGCUGCCAAAGAGGUGGAGAUGGACAGCGAUGACCUCGAAGACGAUCAAGAGCUGAGCGAAGAGGACGAUGAGGAUGAUGGAGAGGACGAUGAAGACUCGGAAGAGGAUGUAGAGGACAUGUCCGAGGAGCAAAAGAUGGAAGAGGGUCGAAAGAUGUUUUCCAUCUUUGCCGCACGUAUGUUUGAGCAGCGGGUUCUAAACGCCUAUCGGGAAAAGGUUGCAGCCGAACGACAACAGCAACUCUUGCGGGAGCUCGAGGAUGAGGACAAGAUUCAAGCAGAGAGAGAUGCCAAGCGCCAGAAAGAAAAUCAGAAAAAGAAAGACAAGAAGAAGCAGCAGAAGUUAGCGAAGGAAGCAGAAAAGGCCAAGAAAGAGGCGGAAAAGGCGGCUGAAGAGGCAGCAGCUCGAGCCAAGCAAGAAGCGCUCGAAGAGGCAGCUCGCAAGCGACGGGAAGAGGAGGCUCGCAAGCGCGAGCAAGAGCGCAAGCAGAAAGAAGAGGAAAAGGCACGUCAAGCCGAAGAACGUCGACAGCGCAUCGCAGAGCAGAAGGCCCAGGAAGCGGAGCGCAAGCGCGAAAGGGAAGAGCGGGAGCGGAAAGAACGGGCAGCCCGUCAGGAAAAGGAAGCGAUUGCUAAAGCUGAAAAGCUGGAACGCGAGAAGAAGGCCAAAGAGGAGCGCUUGCUACGAGAAGCCAAGGAGCGAGAGGAAAAAGAGAAGCGAGAGAGGGAGGAAAAGGAACGCAGAGAAAAGGAGCGUUUGGAGCAACUCAAGGCGGAGGAACGCAAGAAACAGGAAGCCGCUGCAAACGCUGCCAAGGCGAAACAGAAUGGUUCCUCCAUCUCGCCCAAAUCCGCGACUUUUCCAGCCAGUGUUUCUUCCCAGCAAGCCAAAAAGCUGGUCAAUGUUCCUAAACCCAGCUCAUCUGCAGCUCCGCCUCAGCGGCCUCCAAGUGGCACAUCAAAUCGACCCCCGCCGCUGUUGCAGCAACAACAGCCAACGCAACCGAUUCCUGCUGCCGCUCAGCGGCCGAUGUCCCAACCACCACAACCGCCAUUGCCUUUGAACAUGCAGCUUCCUCCUAACAUGGUUCCUCCCAUGGGUAUGUUUAACCCAAUCACCUCACCAUCUGCAAUGUCACCUCGCGCUCCAUAUCUCCCGAAUGGCGCGCCGGGACAAGCACCCAGCCAGUUCAACCCGCUCGCACAGUUUCCGCAAAUGGCAAACUCGACAGCCCUCAAUGGUCCGAUGAUUGGCUCGGCUCCGCCAUUUCCGUUCGAUGCACAGACGCCAAUGAUGUCCCCUCCACCGAACAGUGCGGUUCCCUUGCAGUCCCCAAGAGCACCGGCCGCACUUCCCCCUGGGCUUUCCAUUCCAGUCCUCUCUCCAUCGAAUCCUCUGACGAAUGGCAUCACGCCUAUCGGUGUCCCUCCUGGUCCCAGUGGUCCCGUCAAUCCAAUUCGCCGCGCAUCCACCCAGGUGAACCCGUCUCCAUUUGGCGCCAUUGGGAAGCCGGCGUUCCCAAGAGUUGGCAUCCCAUCGUCUUCUGCACCUUCCCAGGCUGACGAGGAGGAACGUGCGCCGAGCUCUACUGUUUUGACAAGACCGUCCCCUCCGAGUCCGACUCAUGUCCUGGGGAGCUCUGCUUUGGUGGAUGAAAACGACACCAUUGUUGAGCUACCCAAACGGCGAGGAACUGCUAGCUGGGGGGAUGCAAUUGGUGCACCGGCUGCGAUAGGCUCACGUUGGGGUCGUACACCAGCCCCAUCCUGGCAAACUCCGUCUCCGGUCGGGUCCCCAUGGUCUACGGCACCUGGAAGGCCUCAGGCAGGCCAUAUCGACUCUUCCUAUCUGCCCUCUUAA